AUGUACUCCCGCACAAUUUUUAGAUUAAAAUCAACUUCAAUUUUUUUCCCUAAAACUUUUAAACAAAUAAAAGCCAGUAACAAAAGAAAAAUACCAUCUACUCUCUCGCAAUGUUCAACUACCACUAAUCUUAACCAAAAACGCGGAUUCCAUUCAACAAAGCUAUGCAAACUAGAGGGUGAUCCAUAUAAGAUAUUAGGAGUUCCCAGAGAUGCAUCAGCUUCUGAUAUUAAAAAAAGCUAUUAUAAAUUGGCUAAAAAGCAUCAUCCAGAUGUUAACAAAGAAAAGGAUGCUGAUAAAACAUUCAAUGAAAUUUCAGAAGCCUAUGAUAUUCUAAGUGACGAGAAAAAACGUCAACAGUAUGACCAAUUUGGAUCUGCUGCUUUCAACGGCGGGGCUACUGGAGCAGAAAACCCGUUUGGGGGUCAUCCAUUCGGUGGUCAGGGGAAUCCAUUCGGCGGCAUCAAUUUUGACGAUUUAUUUGGUGGUGCAUUUCACGAUGCAUUUUCUGGUGCUGGAGGAACGCGUGGAGCUGGAAAUGGUCCAAGAUAUUACAAAGAAUUUAAGGGCAGUACUGUUGAGAUUUCACAUACCAUAUCAUUUAAGGAUGCAGUUUUUGGGAUAAAGGGAUUGGAUUUGAAGUUUAGCGCGUAUGACCAGUGUCAUACUUGUUCUGGUUCAGGCCUAAAAGAAGGUAGCCAUAAAUCCACAUGUACUGCAUGUCAUGGUACAGGUACACGUGUCUUUAUUAGAGGCGGUUUCCAAAUGUCAUCAACCUGUAACGUCUGUGAUGGAUCUGGUUCUACCAUUAACCCUUCUGAUUAUUGUGGGUCAUGUCACGGCGAAGGUGUAGUUUUAAACAAGGAAAGACAUAUCAAGGUGGAUUUGCCAAGUGGUGUCCAUGACGGAGAUUCUUUGAAAGUUGCAGGUGUCGGUUCUUAUCCACAUAUACCAAAUGAUCCAGAAACUGUUAAAUUGUAUAAAGGUGAUAUAUUAUUGCAUGUCCAUGUGGAAAGAGAUGCUCGUUUUAAGGUCAAGGGUAAGGAUAUUUGGGUUAAACAGGACAUACCAAUUACCACAGCUGCAUUGGGUGGGGUUGUCGUUGUCCCCACUGUUGAUGGUACUCAAAUUAGAAUUAGAGUUCCACAAGGAACUCAACCAUCCGAAGUAAUUUCCAUUCCAAACAUGGGAGUUCCAUAUACUGUAGGGAGUACCACCAGAGGUAAUUUGAAAGUUGAAUUGAAUGUCGUCGUUAAAAAACCUAGAAGUAAAGCUGAAACUUGUUUAUUAGAGGCACUAGCUGACGUUACUAACGAUACAACUGCUAAAAGAAUAAUGACUAAGAACGAUUUUGAUAAUGUAACUGAGAAGACUUUACAUGAAACCGGACAAGAACAUCUAGACAGUCCGUCGGCUUUAUCGAAGAUCGAAAAAUUUAUUUCUAAUGCAUUUAAGAAGAUCACAGGUGAAAAGAAGGAGUAA